AUGUUCAUGAACUAUCGAAGACCGAUAUUGGCCCAGGAUGACGACGAAUUUCCACCUGCCCUAUUCCGAUGGGAGCCGCUUCUUGCGGACUAUGCUAAGGUUGACUUUUCGCGCUAUGACUGUUCAGUGGAGCCCGUAGAAGGCGUAAUCGAGCUCGGUCAAACGGCGAAAAUUACCUUUCAUGUUCAUGGAGGACCCGUGGCCAAAUUUUUUGAUAUGGAUUUUGUUUGCAAGAUUGUGCCUCAGCCUGCUGACAAUGCUGGCGUAGAAGGUUACUUGGCGGCUUCAGAAAAGCUUAAAUCACACAAGAAACCGAGUUGUGGGAAACGAGUCUGGCCACUGGAGGAUGCACAAGUUGUCACGGUAAAGGCAAGGUCACUGAGCUACGACGAGAUGAAGCAGCAAGAAGCAUGGAUACUUCCGUAA